UGUGUCUGUAGUAUGUAGAAGACACCCCCAGGGCUCUGUGAUGUUUUUUGGGUGAAGAUGGGAUGUAUUCCAUGCAGAAACAAGAGCACCAGACACAGGGUUCUGAAUCGUGAGGAAACCUCGGAGCAUUUAUUUUGUCCAUACUCGCCUCUUCAACCUUACAGUCAGUGAUAACAAACUGUGUUUAGAACAUUCAUUCUUUCCUUUAACAAAAUAAUAAACAUAACAUAUUCAUACAUUGCCUCCUCCACUACUGCCAAUCUAGCACAGGCAGAAAACAUUGCUACUACUUACUAUGUAGUUUUAAACAAUAAUCUGUAAUUUAGAAACCCACAACACCAUAUUCCACAAAGCAAACACCAACCCUGGGCAUUCUGUACAUGUGCAACGACACCAAACGUUUCAAUAAAAUCCCUGCUCUGUCAUAAACCAUUCAGUUUGUAGUCAUUUAGAGGACCAAACAAGCACAAUGCACCAACAAAUCGGCAUCUGAACAUUCAAACCCUAUUUUUAUUUAUACUGAGCAGCAGGCUGCCGAGGAUGCUGCUUACCUAGUCAGUGAGAACAAACUGUGAGGAGUAUGGCAGCUUGCACCCCCAAAUCUCUGAGCUGCAGUGCCUCACUAGGGCAAAUAUCACACAGUAGCAGCGCAUACAGAGAACGAAUUAGGCUAAAUCACCUCCUGUUGGCACACUCAUAUUACUACCUUACAUAUAUUUGAAUGAAUGUGAUCUUUGUGAUCUUAUCAGUCCCUACACCCCCAGCAGGUCCCUGAGGUCCAGUGAUCAAAGCUUACUGGUUGUGCACCACACCAGUCUAAAAAUCCAAGGUGUCAGAUCAUUUGCUGCAUUGCCCCCAGACUCUGUAACUCACUCCCGCUAACCCUGAGAUCAGUGGAUUCAGUAGUCUCCUUUAAAAAGCAACUGAAAACUCAUCUGUUCAGGCUAGCAUUUGCAUUACCUUUGGUUAUUGAUUAUUCAUCACUACUUUCUCUUCAUUCAGAUCCUCCUACCAAUUCUGCCUUUCCCAGGAUCCACAGAUUCUUUCUUAUCCACUUCCUCUUUCCCUUCACAUUUUUAUCACAAUUUUUUACUUCUCCCGAAUUUUAAAGGAGCAUGGGGCAGGAUGAAGAAACGAAACUCAUUAGCGACGCACUCGGCGCUCUGAGUAACUGCAGCCCGGCACGAGAGCGCGCACAAACUCUUCGUCACUAGAAAAAUAAGUUUCAGUGAUUUACGGCCAGAGCGCGGCUCGAACAAGGUACCAUGUCGAGCGAUGAAGUAAGUAACAUUGUUACUUUAGUCUAAUAUUUGUAAAAUUCCAUGACAACAUUAGCUUUAGCCAUGACACUCGUGAUGUAAAGCAAGUGCUCCUUCCUAUGAAAUAUUCAUAAGCCAGUUUUGUGACUGGAGAGCAAGACAGUAACAUGAUGCUACUUUAUCAGCAUAAGGCUUUGUAGCUGCAGGUGAUUUCUGAUGUUUUUAGACAAAUUACAGUUAUUAUUUUGCACUAAGCUUACUAACAAGCUAAUGUUGUUUAUGCAUCAUGUAAGAACAUCCAAUUUCAAGUCACUGACAUCAUUUGUGAAACCAAUUUCAUUACAGGACAGGCAUCAAAACAAUGUAAAUAAGAACAUAAAUAUCAAUGUUUAGUUCAAAAAUGCAUCAAAAUAAAAUCAUAAUAUCAACAAGACCUACAGGGUAAUACAGUCAUUUUUAUCAUUACUCUCACUGAUUUUCAGGAAUUCACAUUGGAAGCAGUGAUGGAAAACAGUUCGGAUGAGGAGUAUGUGCCUGACCCUGGCACAGACUUUGAUGUGUCGUGGGAAAGUCUGAGACCAGGGGGUAAAGGAAAGGGGAGAGGAAAAGGUCGCUCGGAGGGUCGGGGAAGGACACGCUCAAGGGGUGAGGGCAGCAGGUCGAGGUCCAGAGCUCCUUCAAGAGGACCAGGGCGCCGGGGCAGGCAGCGAACAUCAGCUUUCAGAGAAGAGGACCGAGACCGGCUUGCACAGCUGAGAGCUGCCAGUAUAGCUGAGAUGCAGACAGCUUUACAACACCUGAGCCAGGAGGAGAGAGAUUAUAUUCUCGAGAGAGUGGUGACCCGUCUUCCAGGGGUGAUGCUGGAUAUCCUGGAGUUUCGGCAAGAGACGCCAGGACACCAUCUUCCUGAUCGAGGGCAGCCUGCGUGGUGCACUUGCCAGAACUGCCGACGCAUGCCUACACAGAUUGAAAAUCUGUGCUGUAGGCAGGUUCCAGAGCUCUGUCUAAGCAGAAGUGCUCACCUGGAGCUAUACUGCUUGGAUGAGGGCACACUGCGUCUAGUGAGGAUGACCUGGAAUGACAUCUUCGCCUUAGAGGACAACCAAGAUGUGGGCACAGACAACCGAGAGUUUUGUUUUGCUGCGUAUCGUCAGUUUACAGUCUGGCAACAUGGGCGUCUGGGAAGAGGAAGUCGGAGACCAAUUCAAAGCUGCUGUGUUCUACGUAUACGGGAACAAUUCCCUGAUCCAUUUGGGAAUUACACUGGCUACAAGGAAGCACCUUUUAGGGUUGCAGACUAAAAAUCCUAACCGUUUAUCUACAACUACAGUAGUUCCAAAACACCACAAUACCUCAAAAUAACUUUAGCUGAAGACAGCAUUUUCACCCAAAAAUAAACAAACUGUUUGUGCAAUAUAUUUAUUUUUAUUUAUGUACAAAAAAGUUCCGUUAUUUGCAUUUGUACAUAGUUUUUUUCUUAAUCUCUAAUAAAUCUGUGUGCAUGAAAGAAGUAAUUCCUGUCCUUUGAUGCUUCAUGUAGCUGGGGCCUUUAUGGAGAGAGGAGAACAGCAGCAUUAGAUCAUAUAGCAAGGCUCCAUCCAAUCUGGUAACUGUCAUUUUCAACUUGACCUUGGCACAACAGAAAAGUGAUGUGUUGUGCAGGUAGUGUGAACAUUACAAAUAGUUCCAGACUUAUAAAUUAAUUACUGGUGUUCUUCUGUAUAUUCUUACUUUGUGACUCAUAAUUGUCUUCUUUUUUCUUAUGUAACACAGUUUGGUUUUUUUUUUUUUUCCUUUUAUAUGCAGGCAGCAGAGGGACGAUGUCGCCAUCUGCUGCCUGCAUAUAAAUGGAAGCGACGUCUCGAACAGCUGGCGACUCUGGCGAAGGCGUAAGUGAUCCGACUGAAACAUGACAGGUAAAAAUACAUCUACCCAAACUUUGUUAUAUAGGAAAAAAGAAGAAAACUACUGGUGUAUUAUAAUUGGUGAUACAUCAAAAAAUGCACAAAGAUGCAGCAGAUGGCUUGUGAGACUGAAUAUUUUAUGCUGAGGUUUUUUUUUUUUUUUUUACCAGUACAACAACAAACAAUUAGAAUUGAGCUGACAAGAAAUGUGGGAUUUUGGUGAAUGACACACCUGUCCUCUGCGAAUUUGUGUCUGGACCAGUUCUGCCGUGGGUGGUGCCACAACUCCAGCUAAAUUCCCAAGAUUUCUUGGGUCAUCGGGGUUGCGUUUUGCCUUUCUUGUACGCGGUAAUUUUGUGACUUUUUGCUGUAGAGCCGCUUGUAUCUAAAAGACAAGCAUUACAGGAUUUACUGAAGGUCCACCUUUCUACAUUUUCAUUCAACGACACACAUAUUUUACAGUACAUCCAACAACUUAUUUUGAAGUACAGAUCAUAUUCAGUUGCCUUGAAGAUAAACAAAACUAUUAGACUUACGACUUCUCAUUUUUCCGGGUUAUAUAAUCUGGUCGGUGGUUGUGAUGGUUGUAAUCUAACGCAGCAAGAAGGCACCUGGCUUCGUAGACAGGAGGAGAGAAGGCAAACCUGUUUUGCAUGGAGAGGGGGGACGAGAUUUAUAAAAAUUGAACCACAUAAUUUUCAAGGGACUUAUUUUGCUAGGACAUAACACAUGCUAGAUAUUUCUAUUUGUUAUUCAUAACCUGUAAAAUGUAACUUCAGUUAGCAAUUAUAACAAAUAAUGUACAAAUCACUUCUAAAUCAAAUUACCUUUUUCCAGCAUACAUGAGAAUGCAGUUCUGGAAACUCUCCAGUUCUGAAGUUGACCUGUAAAAUAAAACAAAAGCUACAACUUUAUAGAUUAUUAGGAAUCACACUUUUGAUUGCCUUUUCACCCACAAUUGUCAUUUCUAUAUGUAAAUUGUCAGCUUUGAUAUUGACACUUUAGCUUUUUAGCUUAUGAAAAUGUUAUUAAUAUACCUAAAGGUCAGAUACUUGGUGACAUCCUUCAACCAGCGUCUGUUGAACAUGAUUCGUUGAAGAGCCUCGUGUGGUGGUGAUCCUGGCACCAUGAGCUCUUUAUCACUGGUCGUUGCAUCAAGUGGUCCAUGGUCACAUUUGCCACGGGUCCAUUCAUGCUUCCCUGUGACAUGGUGAAGCACACCCACCCACAUGUCCUAACAGAAAAAAUAAGUUUUAUUUGAAAACUUUUCAUUUUUUUUUUACCAACAUUCACAUUGCAAUUAAAAUACGUCAAUUUCACGCACUUUCUAUAUUGGGCCAGAAUUUGGUGAUUUUUUGGAUAUGCUAAGACCCCCUAAAGGCCCUUCAAAGAAAAAGAAAAAUAAAUAAAUAAAAAUAAUAAUAAUAAACGGAACAGAUACAAUAGGCCUUCGCAGCUUCGCUGCUCGGGCCUAAUUAUGUCAAAGUACAUUGUUGUCUUGUUGUCAAAAAGAUGUCACAAUACUUACAUUAAACAUAUCACGAUGUUGUGCUUUCUGGUAAAUGUACCAAAAUUGGUUGACGAUGUCCUUCAGCCACACAAGUAGGAUGGAAUUUCCCUUUAGGAUCCCAGCCUGUGAACAAGGAUAAAACAACAAUUCCAUAAAUGAAACGUUUCAGGUAAAUCAAACCUUUGUGUUUUAAAAAGAACUAAAAGAUGGAAUUAGAAUUUCAACACAGCAAGAACAAACCAAAGAUGAUAAAACAACAAUAACAACAUUAAAGUCUCAUUAUUAUUAUUGUUAUUCACAAAUAUUUAAAACGAUAACAUCCAUUGUUAUUAAUCCUACCACAUGAAGUUUCUUGGUCAGAUUUUUGGCUGCAUGCCAGACAUCCAAGGAAUGUAUUAUAGCUUUGUCUUUGUAUCUUCCUUUUCUUGGAUCUGCAAUAAAUAAGCACUUAGUAAGGUUUAAUCACAGUAUUCUUCAAUUAUGUUAUUAAAAUGUAGCCUUUUGUUCAUUUAUAAACUGUGGCAUGCUCCAUAAUGUGGAACAUAAAGUGUUGCAAUCCUUAUAAAGACAUAUUUACCCAACAGUGCAGAAAUCUGCAUGUGCGCAUCUGUGACAAUCUCAGUGAUGUUCAGGUCCGCCAAAAGGUUGUCAAACGUUUGAAUGAAGGCAUGCUUCUCCAUUAUCACACUGUUGCGAUUGGUUUGUCGUUUGUCAACAGUGACAACACUUAUUAUGUCCUUGGAUUCAUUCUCCAUGGUCGUAUAAGUGCAGAACUGGGCAGUGUGGCCUGUUACAAUUUAAAAAUUAUUUUAGGUUGCAUAAAACCUGUCAACAAAAAUAAACGAUUAGAAAAUAAUUAAUAUUACCUGGAGAGUCCAUCCUUCCAUCAGCUGAAACAGAGAAACGCAAGUAUUUGACAUUCGAACCUGAACUCUUGGCUAGUAGAUAUUAUAGAUGUAUAAAUUUACAACGUUAAAUAUACAUCAAAUCAUAAAAUAUCUUCUAAAAGAUAUGAAGUAAUAAUUUGCCCAUAACAGCAAUUUAACUAAUUGCUAACUUUUUUCACUUGCAAGUUAUUCCAAAUUGUUUAUGCAAAGUAUUGUCUGCUGCAGUUUGAUGUAGUGCAUUUACAUACUCACCAAGUGCAACAACACUUUCCUUUGCACACAGGCAGUCAAUGAUGGCAGCUCUCUUCUUCCCCCAAAAAUCUUUUAUAGAGUCAACCAAGUAAUGGUUCUGUAUAAGUCUGAAUGUUUUUGGAGACACAACGCCAAUAUUCAUAAACCUAAAGAAGAGGGCAAGCUUUGAGAAGUUAUUGCCAGAGAGGAGUAUGUUGGUGGCAACCAUGAAGUCCCCUCCUUGCAUCGCGUACUUCAGGACAGGCUGGCUGUUCCACUUCCACAGCAUAUGCCCAUUAAUGCAAAACUAGAAAAGACAAGAACGUGUUGAUUCGUAUCAGGAUAUCUACAAUCUGAUAUGAUGUCUAUAUUAGCUGCAGCUCAAUGUGUAGGCAUUUUGUGUUCUAACCAAUUUCAUAAUUUGAGGCUUACCAGUCAAGGAAAUUCUGAUCUCCAGCACAAAAUCAAAUAUAUUUAUAGGCUACAUCCUAAAUAUUUGUGAUCCUCUGUAAAAUAGGUGCCUAACUUUAUGUCAUUCCAAGAGCAACCAGACCAAUGUAAAACUCUGUGUUUUGCAUAUAUUUUCAGGUUAAUAACCAAAAUGACAUCUAAAGUCAACUCACCCACUCGAUAAUGGUAGCACUUCCCCUUCGGUUUAGUUUGACAUGAAAUGGUGGAGUGGCAUCACAUUCUGUACCAAUCAGCUUGUCCCUAUAGAAACAUUUCUGGAUGGGCAGCUGGAGGAAAUUGACCAGUCUUGCCAUGCUGCUGGUGAAAGCGAUGCAUGCUGGCUGGUUGACUAGGUCUUCUUCUAUGGAGACCUUCUCUACACUGGGGAAGGAGGGUACAUCAUUGUCCGCCUCUUGCUCUGGGUUGUCAGCUUCUUCAUCUGUUUCAUCAUCUCGUUGAAGAAUGUCAAUGACACUUUCGUCCAGCCCAACAAUGGGUAGAGCAUCAACUGCACGCUGUAAACCACCAGCAGCUCUGUGUGACAUGAAACAAACAUGUGAACUGUCUUUAUGAUACGACAAUGCAAGUCAUCAUCGUGUAAUUCAUUUAUACAUGUCAAAUGCACGCCCCUCCUCCACCACCCACCCCACCAACAAAGCUUAAGGAAACAGAUCAUAGGAUCUACUACAAAUAAAUACAUACCAUAUACAGAUCGGUGGCACAUAAUCACUGUCCAGAGGAUAUGAACCAUUUUCAUCCAGUUCUAUUCUGUUAUGAAAACAAUAAAUAAAAGUAGAAUUAAUAUAUUGUUAUAAGACUUUGGAGUUUAAAAAAAGAGUGUAGAUAAGAAGACAUUGCAACUCACACACUGAUGAGUAAGUUGUUUGCUUGGUCCGCAUCAAUUUGGACUGCAUCCGUAGCUAGAUCCAUGGAUUUGAAGCUACAGACAACACAAUCAUAUUUGUUGUACGUAAAGAUAAAUACUGGAACUUACCUGAAAUGGUACUGAUUCUAAAGAGAUAAAUGUGGAGCCUAAUACAUCUGUCAUUAAUUCUUUCUGCAAAUAACAAUAAUCUGCCGUGAAUUGACACUUCACAACAUAAAUAAAUAUAUAUAUAAUGACCUAUGUUUGCUGAUCUAUUGUGUUUUUAUCUUUUUUGCACAUAGUACAGCAGUAAUUUCCUGUAUAUAUGCCAAGACUUAUCAUGAACAAAUUUACCUUUCUUCAAAAGGAUCCAAAUCUAGGUCAUCAGCUAAGGUCUCAACACCAGCCAUUAGAAAUUCUUCCCUGUAAAGAUAAUGUCAGAAGUGUUUGAUGGUGUGAUGUUAGUUCUGAACCAAGUGUGGAUAUGCAAGGUGUAAUUUACUGUAUGAAAUACCAUAGCACAAAAGCGUGAAUAUGUGUUUUACAGAAAAGAUACUAACCCCUCAGACACAGGUUCAAUUGGAGAUAACCGAUGCGACAUUUUAGCUGCUGUUCGCUUACUGGGUGUCGAGGUUGACUGCACAUAACCUCCCUGAAUUGCAGUUUCAGGAGCCUGCUUCUUCCGGUAGCUGGAAAACACAUUUUUAAACAAAAAUGUCAACAAGUUGGUUGAGACUCUACACCUUCUGUUUACAUAGAUCAAUAAUGGCUAAGCAUCGUUACCUGUGGCACAACUAGUAAUAUGAAAAUGCUGGGCAGUUAUAAAAAAAAUGUAUGUAUCAUUUUCACAAACAUAUUUAAUUCUGACCUACAUUCAACAGGACAAAUUUAGAAAAAUAAACACAAACUUCUGCACAACUUUACUUUUAGUAAAACAUGUAGUAAUGGCUCCUCCUUGAACCGUCACCUUAUCGUGGUGGAGGAGUUUGAGUGCCCUAAUGAUCCUAGGAGCUAUGUUGUCUGGGGCACUUAGUGCCCCUGGUAGGGUCUCCCAUGACAAAUUGGUCUUAGGUGAAGGGUGAGACAAAGAACGGUUCGAAGGAUCUUUCAUGGCGGUUAAAACUAAGAGUCGGAGUACCCGGCCCGGAGGGUUACCGGGGUCCCACCCUGGAGCCAGGCCUGGGGUUGGGGCCCGUGAGCGAGCGCCUGGUGGCCGGGCUUUCGCCCAUGGGGCCCGGCCGGGCCCAGCCCGAACCGGAUACAUGGGCUCGUCCAACUGUGGACCCACCACCCGCAGGAGGAACAUGAAGGGUCCGGUGCAAUGUGAAUCGGGUGGCAGACCAAGGCGGGAGCCUUGGCGGUCCAAUCCCCGGACAAGAAAACUAGUUUUUGGGACAUGGAACGUCACCUCGCUGGCAGGGAAGGAGCCGGAGCUUGUGGCAGAGGUUGAGCGGUACCGGCUAGAUAUAGUCGGACUCACCUCGACACAUUGCAUUGGCUCUGGAACCCGAGACCUGGAGAGGGGUUGGUCACUCUACUUUGCUGGAGUUGCUCCGGGUGAGAGGCGGAGGGCUGGGGUUGGCUUUUUGUUAGCCCUGUAACGUGAGGAAAUAUGGGUUUUCUGUCACAAUGGUGGUGUUGGACGCAGCUGGGUCAUAGCUGGGUCGCUGAGAACUUUCACCCACAGAUUAAGACCUGAACGCCAGCGAGUCUGGGAGGAAACCAUAACAUCUGCCACCUGCAGUCUACCAGAAGAUGUGUUUACAUGAGUUGUACCCAGACCAAGUCAAAACAUAAAGUUUAAACUUCUUUUUCUUGAUUUUAAUGUUAAAGUAACCAUUAUCAUUUUGCUCAUUAUAAAUGUGAUUAAUCAAAUGAAUGACUAUUUAGCUUUGGGGUAAUUAUAAUGGUUUAAUGAAUCCAUUCUUAAAUAAUGUUGAGAAUGUUUGUUACUGACCUUCACACACACUCAAGCACAAACAUUCACACACAUCCACACACACCUGCUCACAGUAAACUCCAGACACAUUUGAUGACGCACGUUUGCUUUGAGAAGAGAAAGGUUUUUGGUAAGUUUUCAGUCUUUUGAUUCAGUUCGUGUUGGACAACGAGAGAGAACAGACCUGAAAACCAAAGGGGGGGCAGAGCCUGUUGGCUCGUUCUUCCCCCCUUUCACGCUGUUUCUGCCAAGCCAGGCAGAAUAGCUGAAUCGCGACUUCUAACGAAGACUCAUUACCGAGUCUUUUGAUUUCUGAGUGAAUUAACUUAAGAAAGCGCAUCGAUAAAACGCUCUACCAUCCACGUGUACCGAGGGCAACUCUGGACCGGUUCCGUUCGACACCUAUGUCUCCUGUCAGCCGCCGGUGUCAUCUGGAUGAACCACAACAUCCUCCACAGCCCGGAUCCGAAAGAGGGUCCACAAGAGUUCGGUGAGACAGAGCACGGUUUUAGCGUUUGAUGCAGUUCUCUGAUAAGACCUAAGUUUAUCCAAACCAUCACUUCACUCAGACACCUGUUUCUUCUUGAAGCAAAAUCAGACUCACACACGCAUUCAUGUCACAACAUUCUCAAUCUUCAUAAAUUCACCAGAAGGUCUAUUUGAGCAAGAACAGCAUAUAAACUGUUAAAAGAUUGUCCCACAAAGUUGCCAAUGUAAUUGUUAUUUCCUGUUUGUCAAUUUUCAAAAUCAUUAGUUUAAUUUGAAGAAUUAAAACUUUUAAUCCUUCAAACUUGUUUCCUCAUUGAACUGAAACACAGACACUCAGAUAUUAUCGGCAGUUUAUGGAUGAAAACAACCUUUGAGUCUUCUGAACAAUAUAAAAUUUGGUUAUUGAUUUAUUAAAAUUAAUAUUCCGAAUUAAA